CGAUCCUUAGAUUCCUCAAACGGGCUUCACUCUUGCGUACUAUUGAAAGCCAACUAUGCCUCGUUCAGCUUUUCAUCUCUUCUCGCUACCGCAAGAGCUAUUGGAGACACUCACACCACGGAACUUACUUUCCAAUGACAAAGCACCUUCGCCAGAACCGGUGGAAGAGCCAGUUGAAUCGACUCAGACUGGAUUAGGAUCUCGGACGUGUAACAUAUGUCAGGGUGCGGUCUUUGCAAACGUGGAUGACCAGAGAUCGCACUUCAGAUCUGAUUGGCAUCGAUACAACGUCAAAGUGAAAUUGGCUAACGGGAAGGCUGUCUCCGAAACGGAGUUUGCUGCGUUAUUAGAUAGUCUUGAAGACUCCCUUUCUGGCUCCGAAUCAUCGGAAGAUAAUCCAGACGAAGAGAAUGAGUCUGAUUCGGAUGCCAUCCAGACUCUGUUGUCGAAAGCCCAUCUAAAGUCACGAUCUCCAUCUCCUGACGCAAUUAUGAAUGUCCCAGUUACCGCUUUGACAUGGUUUCACUCUCCUCCCUCAACUCAGAUCGGAAUAUACAGAGCUGUCUUUACGCAGGGCAUUCCACAAAGUUCGUACCUAUCAGAGUUACGAGAAAUGCAGUCCGUAGUUCCACAGGGUAGGAAGUGGGCAAUGUUCAUGGUCGCCGGAGGUCAUUUCGCUGGCCUGGUUGUUCGUGUCUCCCGGUCGAGCGAUGUAGAGACAGAGCCACCUCAGAAGGGCAAACAAAAGAAGCCGAUUCCAGAGAUGGAGAUACUGUGCCACAAAACAUUCCACCGUUACACAACACGUAGAAAACAAGGUGGCUCACAAUCACUGAACGACAACGCAAAGGGAAACGCGAAGAGUGCAGGUGCUCAGCUUCGACGAUACGGAGAACAAGCACUGAGAGAUGAUAUCCGAAAUUUAAUAUCGGAAUGGUCCGAAGAUAUUUCCGCCUGUGAACGUAUAUGGAUACGAGCCAGUGGUGCUAAUAGACGCAUAUUCAUGGACUAUGAUGGAGCUACCAUCGCAAAAGGCGACCCUCGGUUGCGCACGUUCCCAUUCCCAACACGCAGACCUACGCAAGCCGAGCUCUCGCGUUGUUUAAUGGAACUUACAAAAGUGAAGAUCACCCACUUCACAGAAGAAGAGCUUCAAGCGCAGGACGAAGCUUUCCUAGCAUCUCUCCCCAAACCCAAACCUCAGCCUACACCUGCCCCCGAAACACUACAAAAAGCAGCUGAGAAAAAAGCCGCUGCUCCAAAAUUGACGAAGGAAGAGGAGAUAUUCAGGGAUAAAUGGAUGCGACUGUUGGAUAUGAUCAAGAAGGGUAGGUUAGAGGCUGUCAAGUCAUUCUGGGAGCGUGAAGGAACGGGACUUGGUGGUGUGGAUGCGCCGAUUCCUGAUUGGACUGAGGAGAGAACGAGAACGCUGCUUCAGCUUGCAGCGAGUUCUAGGCAAGCAGAAGUAACAACAUGGUUACUCGACGACCAAAACGCCGACCCUACGAUUCCCGUACCUACCAACGUCCCCCGCGUGCUUCCCAACGAAGAAACACAAACAGAUUCGUCGAGACCCGCUACUCCCGACACUGCACCCGGCGCACCAAACCUCGUGCGAACCGCAUACGAUAUUUCCAGCACACGCGCCGUGCGAGACGCCUUCCGGCGUAGCGCAGGCCUCCGUCCAGACGCCUGGGACUGGCUCGGCGCAGCUCACAUUCCGAGCAUCCUUAGCGCGGAGAUGGAGGCCGAACGUGAUAACAAAAAGAAAGAACGGCGUAAGGGACUGAAAGACAAGAUUCGCGAACGCGAAGCCCGAGAGGCAGUGAAAGAGGUACCUGCAGAACCCGCCGUAGCAGUCAGUGCGCCGAGUCCGAUGGAUGGUCCAGCGAAGGCCGGACCUCAGAAGUUGGGUGGUGGAGCACCGAAUGCGAGUCAGGGUCUUGCGGGCUUGACACCGGAAAUGAGGGCUCGUAUAGAGAGGGAGAGGAGGGCGCGUGCAGCAGAAGCUCGAAUGAAAAAGUGA